AUGGCUGUUAUGCCAGCUAACCCGUCAACACUGCCCAAGAUGCAGCAGAAGAACUGCAUGCUGGACAUAGGCGAAAGACUACCAACUAUGACACACUCGACGUGCACCUAUGACUUCCAGGGAUCGCUAUCCCGAGCAUACCACUAUCCCACCAUACGGAUCCAAACGGCGAAAGACACUACAGAGCUACAAAAGGCCCGUGAGCUCAAUCGAAGCUGGAAGAAUGCCGUCAAAUCUUCCCGCAGCAUGAUAAAAGCUCCAAGUCCGCAUACUGAAAAUACUGGGAUACGGUGA